GGUCAUUAAAAUUUCAACGAUCAUGGUGAGAAUUGCUUUCAUUUGUGGUUUGAGAGUGAAGCGCGAAGCAGUGGCGCUCGCCAAUAUUCAAGAUAAUUAAAGUCAUUAGGCGCGGGUGACACCUGUAGAACGCGACAACCGGAUAUAUCAAAGUGUGCAACGACCGGUAAUAGCGGGUUAACACAUUAAGCGGGGAAAAAUCACAUAAAAUAUCGUUCGUGACAUCGAAAGUGAGAAACCGAAAGUCAGAACUUCUCUUGACCCGAAUCGCUUCUUUUCUGCAAAUUUCAAUGUACUUUGCUAUAAAAAGUGUUUCUAGUCAGUAAAUAAUCAAUUGAACGCAUGAUUAGUAUUAACUUAGAGCAAUAGAGCAAGUGAGAAACUCCAUCCAUUUUGAUAAUAAAAUCCGGGGCCAAAGAUGACAACAAGCGAUCAAAGUGCUUUAUUGGCCGAUGAGCAAAUUUUCCCGCCUUUUCGUAAUGGACCGUUAACACCUUACCGGAAAUCAGCCAGUUUCUGUUGGAAACGAAUGAGACUUAUUUUGGAAGAUCCGGAUUACAUUAAAUUACAGCGAAAAAUAUGGAAAUUUAUGGAGGAACAUCCUGAAUUCCAACGAUCCCAAAAAGCACUAACAAUGGAUGAUCUGCGUCACAUUGCAACGCGGCAACAAAUGAUAAUUUGGAAUGAAAAAUUUUAUACUAUGGAAGAUUUCUUCCGCAACCCAAGACUGGCCAUCGCAUUCUCCCAAGCCCUCAUUAAUUAUGAUGGAAGUUUUGCUGUAAAAUACACACUAUGUUUCGGCAUGUUCCCAAGUGUUUUGCGUUCCCUGGGUACCGAUCGUUUGUUCCCCUAUAUCGAAGGCAAUCUAAAUGCAGAAGUUUUAGGAGCAUUUGCUCUAACAGAAAUUUCUCACGGCACAAAUGCACGUGGCAUGCGAACACGAGCCACUUACGAUUCUAAAACAGAAGAAUUUAUCUUACAUACCCCGGAUUUCGAGGCGGCUAAAUGUUGGGUCGGAAAUUUGGGCAAAACAUGCACUCAUGCUGUCGUGUACGCUCAACUUUUUACAAAUGAUGGAAAAAAUCAAGGACUGAAUGCAUUUCUGGUACCAAUUCGCGACACUAAGACCCUCAAGGCUCAUCCAGGAGUGUUAGUUGGUGAUCUUGGAGCUAAAGUAGGUCUCAAUGGGAUUGAUAAUGGGUUCGUCAUGUUCAGAAAUUAUCGUAUUCCACGAGAGAAUUUGUUGUCUAAGACGGGAGACAUCAAACCAGAUGGCAGCUUCGUUACCGCGAUUAAGGAUAGCAGGAAACGACUGGGUGCUUCUCUUGGCGCUUUAUCCGCUGGUCGGGUCAAUAUUUGUGGCAUCGCAACGGUAUAUCUAACAAAAGCAAUAUCAAUUGCUGUAAGAUAUGCAGCAGUAAGAAAACAAUUUGGUCCUGAUGAUUCCGCAGAAGAGCUUCCGAUCUUGGAGUACCAAUCACAGCAAUAUCGCCUAAUCCCUCAUUUGGCCGUAACAUACGCUUUGAAAAUCUUUUCCACAUGGUUCAUUGACAUGAACUUUGGCAUGCAGCUGAAAACUUUUGAAGGGCAAGAUGUAUCCCGACUGGGAAUGGAAAUUCAUGCGCUUUCAUCAGCCGUAAAGCCAGUUUGUACCUGGGCAGCACGUGAUGCUAUUCAGGAAUGUCGGGAAGCAUGUGGAGGGCACGGAUAUUUGAAAAUCGCCGGAAUUGGGGACUUGAGAAAUGAUAAUGACGCAAAUUGUACAUAUGAAGGAGAGAAUAACGUACUGAUUCAGCAAGCAUCCAAUUGGUUGAUUUCGCUUUACAAGCAAGGGGUGAAUUCCUUUAAGGAAGCAAGUGUUUUGAAGUCAUGUGAUUUUCUCAGUGACGUGGAUGCGAUUUUGAGGUCAAGCUUCAAAAGUACGUCUUUGAACGAUGCUCUAAGCCCAGAAACUAUUCUGCAUGCACUGAAUUGGUUGUGUUCCUGGUUAUUGAAGUCUACAGUCAAAAAAUGUGAAGAAUUGAAGUCGAAAUCAUUGAGCACAUUUGAUGUACGAAACAAUAGCCAAACGUUCUAUGCAAGGAAUUUAUCAAUUGCUUAUGGACAGAGAAACAUUUUCUUCGUGUUUUUCAACCGCGUCAAUGAGCUGCCUGAAAGUCCCGAGAAGAGAGUGUUAUCAAUGGUGCUAUCACUCUUUGGUGCUGAUUUAAUUACCAAGAAUUUAGGAAUGUUUUACCAGGGUGGAUAUUUCAAGGGUCCAGAACCAGCUGAAUUGUACAAGGAAGGAAUCAUACAACUUUUGCCUAAAUUGAAACCAGAAAGUGUGGCUUUAGUGGAUUCCAUUGCUCCGCCGGAUUUCAUUUUGAACUCAGCACUAGGAAUGAGCGAUGGAAAUGUUUAUCAACAUUUGGAAGCGGGCAUCAUGUUAGCCCCGCAGGCAUUGGAACGACCGGAAUGGUGGGCUGAUGUCGUUAAUAAGGAUUAUUUGAAGCCAAAGCUAUAAACUUUGAAAUGUCUGUUAAUGUAAAUGCAUAUUGGAAGAUAUGAGUAUUACAGGUGACCAGUGCUUUUAGUUUUACGUUUUAGAAUAUUUUCGUGAGUUUUAAGUUUGAGUAAUUUGGUGGUGAAUGUAUGCAAGUUUUAUUCUCCAUAAUAUAAUAUAUUACGUAUA